GUUGUGAGGAGCGGCAACCAUGUUGGGUAGGGAAGUGCGGCGCACGUCACGCGUUUACGUGGGGGUUAUGUCUUUGCUCGGGGUCCGGUCCGUCAGAGGCUGUCGAGUAUCCUUGUGAUUCGGCUCGUUGUUUAUAAGUGGCUCUUAACAAACCGGAGAAGCCGAGAUAACGACUUCAAAAAAAAUCAGCCACGUGUUUUACUUGUGCCCGCAGGUGCACUUGUUCCAAUGCUCAAUUCAGUAACCGUUAAAGAUCGAAGUGUAACAUGGUGUGACGGUUGAUCCAGGUGAUAAAAAGAGUCGUUCGUACACGUGAGUUCAAUGACGAUUCACAACUAAGACACCCAAGCCCCCCUCCCUCUGUCACCCCCAUCCCCCGCAGGCGCUAACGAUCGAUGUGCCAAGCUCGACGCGGCCACCCCACUUCACCUUUCUAUCCGCGCCACGAUGGCGGCGUUGCUGCUGCUAAAGGCACUGUGCGCGCUGGCCAUGUUCGUGCUCAUGUCGCUGGGCUGCCUGCUACCCGUGUGGCUGCUGCGCCGCGCGGAGGCAGCUGAGUCGCGGCGCGCCCGGCGCCUCAUGGCGGCCGCCAACACCUUCGCCGGUGGCGUCUUCCUCGGCACCUGCUUCUGCGCCCUGCUGCCGUCCGUGCGCGAGAAGGCCUUCAUCGUGGGGAAGGCGAUGGGCCUCCCGGAUCAGUACCCCCUGGCCGAGUGCUGCAUGGUGCUCGGCCUGCUACUCACGCUGCUGUUGGAGCAGCUGGUGCUCGUCUGCCGGCGCUCCGAGCCACCCCCGCGCGCCGCCUACGUGGGGCUCGACUCGCUCGACGGAGACGCCGGUGCCGACUCGGACACGGAGGCCGAGGAGGAGGACGCCGACGAGACUGGGUCACCAGCGCCGCUCAAGCACGUCCGCCCCCCACCCGGCCGUCGCCAGCAGCAGCCGCGGCGCCACCGCCACCACCGCCACCACCGCCAGCAACCGCAGCACGGGCACGGCCACAGCCACUUGGACGCGGCCGAGCUGGCAGAGUCGAGCUCGCUGCGCCUCAUCGUGCUCGUGCUCGCGCUAUCGGCGCACUCGGCCUUCGAAGGCGUCGCGCUCGGCCUGCAGGAGACGGCGGCCAAGGCUGUGGGGCUGGCGGUGGCGGUGGGCGUGCACGAGACGCUGGCGGCGGCGGCGCUGGGCGCGAGCAUGGCGCGCGCAGGGCUGGCGCCCUGCCGCGCCGCACGCCUGGCCGCCGCAUUCUGCACCGCCAUCCCCGUGGGUGUCGCCAUCGGCGCCGCCGUGGAAAACGGCGCUGCGGGGCUGGCCGGUGAUGCUGCCUCGCUGGUGCUACAGGGCCUGGCCGCCGGCACCUUCCUGUUCGUCGCCUUCCUGGAGGUGCUCGCCAAGGAGAUGGCACACGGGCAGCGCGAUCGCAUGCUCAAGGUCGCCUUGCUGGCGGUCGGCUACGCACUGCCCGCCGGGCUGGCCUUCAUGCACUGGUGAUGUGCACGGCGCCACCGCCGCCACUGUGCUGGUUACAGUCCGGUACGCUGGGACAGGAGACCCUUGCGCGCCGGUCCUUCGGUGUGGCCUCGGGUAGUUGUGAAAAAAAAUGGAUGACAUUUCAUGUUCGCACCAUUCUCAUAGCGCAAGGCUAUCUUGAAGGAAGAUGCUGCUGUGUUUCACAGGCAUAGUCUGCAGUGGUUUAAAAGUAUGGGGUGAUGUUGCUCCGUGGUUUCAUGCAUUUAAAUAAUUUGCAAGUAAUCUUCUGAACGUGGCAAAUUCGGACCGCGACGCCACCACAUGCUGCCUACUAUUUUUUGAAAAUCGGCACAGAAUAUUCAAUAUCCACUGCGAAGCAGGUGGAGCACAAGUCCAGUUAAACACAUGCGCAGUAGCAAUCAGGACGACCGCCAGGCCAGAACCGCGAGCCAAUGCUACGAGCGGCCAAUGCGUCGUGUUGCCACACUGCUGUGGUUAGAGCACGUGGAUUGCAGGUCGGGAGGUCACGAGGUCAAAGGACGGUCAGGGAGGGAGUUGACUCAGCAAGCAAAUGUUUCCAUGGCGGUUGGAGCGCAUAACCCUGAGCCCUUUAUUUCUUAUUGCUUGUUUAAAUGCGUUACCUGGGUUCUGCUUAGAACAGCCAAUUCCCAAAAAGAAAUUCGUGAGUUUGAAUCCUAGUAUAGGGGGCGGUGGACAGAAUUCAGUGUUUUAUCCGUCCUGGGUCAAAAGAAUGUCACCUUGUGGAAAACUGAUAGGAGUUGUCCUUUGGAGUCACUGGUCCCACCAUCAUCAUCAUCAUGCCUCGCCAAGCAGUUGUCAUUUUACACGCUCCCUGAGAGGGGAAUAUCCACCAUGGUACCUGCACACGAUCCACUUUCAUCGCUACAUCUCCUCGGCGGACGUGCUCUCUCUAGCGUGUUUCCCACCGGAGGGUGGCAUUUACACUGCUGAGUCUGGGAUAUGAGCACCAGUCAUGACAUAGUUGAGCAGGGAAGACACAUUGACUGUCUCAAAGCUGGCUCUUUCAUUAUUACACCAAAGAGCCUGGCUGUUGUCCUGUUUGGUCGAUCGCUGGCAGUCAUGGUGAGGUUAUACCACGGGUCUGGAGAAGGGAGGCUCUUUCCUGAAAUAUGUAUUUGUAUACAUUUACCUGCUGUCAUUUCACAUGCAAUGGAUACUGAAUAUUGCUCUGUAGACACAAGGUAAACAUGUCCCUGUUGCAUAUUGGGAUACGAAGUCACCUGCGCAGUUACUCCUAGAAUAAAGGAUGAAUUGUGCAUGAUUUUUUCCACAUUUUAAUAAUAUUGCGCAGUGCAUGAAACAAGGUGUAGGAGUGUGUAUGGAAAAACUGUGAUCCCUUGAUGGCCUUUUUACUGCUGGUACUGUAGCACGCCAUAGCAGAACAACGCUCGCUAAUGAACAGUAGCUCGCUGGGUAAAGUAGGCAAGGCAGUUCACGUUAAAGGAAGACUUAACCCAUAAAACGUAAUAAUGCAAGAAUAAUAAUAAUGAUCGUACGAGUGUCCAUAUCGUACCCAUAACAUAAAGAAAUGUCUCCACGAUGAUACAUCUUUACACUCCUACUACACAAUUUGGUUUUAUGAGGUCUGAAUGCAAAUUCGAUAUGUGUGCAAUAUAGUGGAUUGUGGGUACAUAUAUAAUUAAGGUGCGGCCAAAAUAAAAUAGUGCUCCUGUCCAGAGCAUUUGUCUAUAUGAAGUAAACCUUGGACCGGUUUCGACUUUAUUUGGGUCUCAUCAGCAGAGUAUGUCCUCCACCAAUGCCCAUGGGAGCUCUCGCCACGUUCGGAUCUGUGGCUCAAAUGACCAUCUCAACUGCUUACGGAAUUCUUACAUGUUGUAAUCUUUCCCAAUUUUAUUAGUUGUGUUCCCGGCAUAAUGUCAUGAGAGGAUGAAUCCAUUCACAACUCUGACAGCGCAGUGCGUUAUCCCCGUGUUAGAGAACGGCUUACAGAAGUGGGCAUCGCUGAGCUACCUCUGAGAUGCCUUCAAGUGGCCUCUGGUGUACCCAUUAUGGGGGCAGUACUUUCCUACCCGCCCUGCCACUGAGAGUAAUGUUCGUUGCAAGACAGUCAAACCCAUGCAUUUAAUUCUGAAAGCUGGAAUAGGCAAAUUUAAUCAGAAUGAAAUGUGAUAUUUUUGUGCAGUUUUUGACCGGGCUGAGGCCAUCGACUAACAACACUUGAGAACCUCUGAUCCAUGUGCCACCUUUACAGAUUUUUUUAUGCACCUUAUAUGCGGUUUAAUAAGCAUUAAGAUAUUUUCAGAAGGAUAUUUAUCUCUGAGUGGAUUAAUGGUGGGAUGGAAGUUCUCUAGCGUAUGAUAGUUUCCUUUGAAUUCACAAUCAAUGUUACUGAUUAUUCUAUUGCUACUUCAUGUCUGUUGUAAGGGGCACUGUGUUAAACUUUCAAAAGUUUACUCUAUAAACGUUACUCAUAGUUUAUCAUUUAGCUAUUGACUGUGUUUACAAAUUAUUAAUCAUUUGAAGUGAUGUACAGCCGUCUGGAAAGAAAACAUACGGUACUGGUAGGAGCUUGUUAAUUUGUUUACAACGUUUUUUGUUGGUUUUUGUAAUUCUGGGUAUUCUUAUUUACAAUUUUGAAUCGGGUUUUAAAAAUAGAAAAUUGGCUAGGUGUUGAACAAUUCAUUCCAAUAGGCGAUUGGAUGAAUUGUCACGAUUUGGAGUCGUUCGAUUCGAGCCUCAAGCAAUUUUGUCUCGUUUUUUAUUGUCUCAUUGGUUUUGUUUACCCAGUGUUAUCGGGGUCUUGUUUGUUCCAUUAUCAUAAAUCUGUAAUAUCCUGUGGAGCACAUGUGGCUCAGUGGUACAGCAAGCUGCUUGCAAUCGGAAGGUUGAAGUUCAUAUCCUGAUUAUGGGUUCACUCAGCUCAUCAAUCAUCUAGGGUCAAUAAAAUGAGUACCAGUUUAUGGGGAAAGUCAGCAGUGGAUUCCCUAUUCAUAUACCCGACCCCGAUAUGGGAACGUGGAAUUUCCACCAUGGGCUCAGACUUGUAAACAGGUGAUGAGCACCAAUGCUUCAAUGCUCAUUCGAAAAGAAACCGCUUGGGCUUUUUUGACGUAAAAUUGGCAUGUGCUGGCAAGCCACUUGACAUCACAACUACUGCACAUGUGACCACGAAUGUGAAUCACUUGUCCCUAGGUCUCUCAUCUCGCGAUAUCUUGUUUCUUUCUCUCUUCUCGCUAAUCUGUAUUUUCUCAUGUCCCAGCGAGCCAGAUUUAUUAGCAGGCCAUAGCUCAGCGGGCCCCUCCAAAGGGCCUACAUCUGGCACACCUUUUGAAGAGCCCUGGCCUGAAGGGACAUGAGCAUAUAAUCCACAUUCAUUAUAAAUACAUUUCUCGUUUCUCGGACGCACAAUUCGAUGCGUGUAUUGUGAGCACAAGACUCGAUCUGGCAUGUAAUAAUUGUAAUUCAAUUAAUUUACAUGUUAAAUAAUUUGUUAUAUGCCCAAUAAAUAUGUAAUGUAUAAAGUUUUACAAAUUUAGAUGGACUGUGGGGACAAUUGUUUGGUCACAAAUAUAUGCCACUCCUAAACUUCAGUUUUUGUUUACUUCACAAUAAUCGGUGCCGAUUGAUAAAAGCAGGGACCAUAAACGUGGGAGGGUAAUACAGUACAACAAUGGAUGUUGCUGCAUUGCCCUUUGUUGCCCGCAACAUGGUGGUGCAGCAGCCUAGAACACCUGUCUCGUGUGUUGUGGUCGCCCAUCGAGGUACUCUACAGCCUCAACCCAUACUUAGCUUCCGAGAUCCAACAGGAUUCGACGCAAUCCUGGUUAUUGUUAUUGGUUAAUCAUAACAUAUUGAGAUUGGUUUCAUAGCAAAAAUAUGAACAGUGAAAAUGUAUGUUGCAUAGCAAUAUAAUAAUGUUGCGACAGAACUCCAAAAAAUCUGCGGAAAUAUGGGAAUGGGUUUUUCGCAGAUUGCGUAAUCAACAAUGCUCUACGUUAAUGUGGAAAAUCCGCGAGAAAAAAUUGUGGACUUUGAGGUUUUAGCCACGCCUCUCCAUAAAUCCAUUAAAAAUAUAUGGAUUAUAGAAGCAGGGAAGCACGUGAUACUCCAGAGCAAAUUGUCAGCACAGUGACAUCUGUUUAUAUUGUUUUCUCCCUGUAUUUCCAUGUGUCUCUCUGCGUGUCUUUGUCUCGAAAGCACUUCAAACACAUCUCCAUUGUGACUUUUACCUCAAACAAAGGGUAAUGCCAUCGCUGGUGUCUUGUGAAAGAGACAUUUUACUUGGCAGAUUAUAGGAUUUUUUAGCUGCCCUCCAAAUAUCCCCAAAUUCUCAGAUGUUAUGAUUUUAGAUAACGGGAGUUGCAGUAGACCGCGUUUCCCACAGAUUUUAGAAUUCCUGGAUUUAUUGGCGUUCUACUGUAAUCGUUAAACGAGUUGUGUUAUAAAUAAACAAUGUGGUGCUUAUUGUUUGGUAUUUGUAAUACUAAUAUAUACUAUUACGGAAAUAGUGGAUGCAUUGAAUUAAGUCUGAAUUUUACAGUUUAUAACUGUAUUUCUGUUUUAAUUUGUUUAGGUAACUUGGAACAAUAGGCCAAUUGUUUACCAUGAAAACUGAGUCGAGGGCAAGGCUAUCAGACACUUCCCCAAAUGCCGGUCAUGCUAUCAGACGUCAUAUACAACACGGAGGUUUCCUGUUUCGCCUCGUGGCAGGCCUGCACUGCAAGAUUUGCAACACCACUGGACGGACGGCCGCGAGUGGUGAAAUAAACCCCAAACUAUUCUCAAAGGUGACGUGGCAUUCGUGAACAAAUGGUGUGAAUGUAAAUAAGGUACAAUCUUGUUAUAAAACCAUCCCAUGUCGAUA